UGAUAUAGGGUAGCCCCCUCAUUUUGCAGCUUUUGUGGCUCACAAGCAAAAAGCAUGCCAAGGGGGGUCGACGUCGUCGGGUGUGAUCUAGCGGAAGGAGGACGAAGUUGUGUAGCGCAUGAAGCAUGCGGAAAACAUGUGAAGGUGGGGGACGUGCUGCUGUUCCGCGAGGAGGUCGAUGACCAAGGCGACAACAGGCUAGGAUACUGCCUGAAGGCAUACUUGAUUCGUGACGGCUCACAGACCUGCCACGUCGGUUACCUGCCGCGCAGACUGCUUAUCCAGCGUGCCGCAUUUAACAGACAAUUUGCUACUGUUGUUGAGGAUCUAAGACACUCGGAGGCUCUGUAUCUAUCCUCUCGACGCCGAAUCCAAUAGAGGCGAAGGUGUUGCGAAUAGACUGCUCAGUAAUUCCUUCCCAUGCUCUAACAAUCCAUGGGACGAUGUCUUCUCUUUUUGGAACGGGUACAUUUGCGUCUGGGGGAAUUGCAGC